AUGCCCUUUUAUGAUUUUGAGAUUUUGCUCACAUAUGUGUACCGCUCUCUCCAGAGACCUAACGAUCACCAGCGUGCCCCACCCUGUGGACACCAGCUCGGGAGCACCACCCCGGACUUAAGGGAGAAGGAGGAGGUGGUGGAGGAGGCCAAGAAUGGAAGAGAUGCCCCCGCUAACAGCAAUGCUAAUGAGGAUAAUGGGGAACAGGAGGCUGACGGCGAGGUAGAGGAAGAAGGUGGGGAAGAGAAGGAGGAAGGUGAUGGUGAAGAAGAUGAGGAUGAGGAGGCUGAGGCAGCUACAGGCAAACGGGCAGCUGAAGAUGAUGACGAUGACGGUGUGGAUACCAAGAAGCAGAAGACUGAUAAGGAUGACUAG